AUGAAAUGCUCAUUUAUGGACUCAUUCUGGGGUCCAUUUCAACGUAAAAUGACCUCGUUCAAUGAUUUACCUGAUCUAUGUCUAAUUGAAAUCUGUCACUAUUUAAAGUCCGGUGAAGUACUACAAUCACUGUUCGAUGUCACUCACCGUUUGGAUGACAUAUUAGUAGAAAGAAAGUAUCUAUCAAAUAUAAAUUUGUAUAAUGUCAACGUGAAACUAUUCCAAUGGAUUUGUGAUUCAAAACUAUUGGAAAAAGUCAGUAAAUUAGUUGAAACUUUAGCCAUCGACGAAGCAUAUGCUCCCAUACAAUUGAAACGUUUUAAUUCACUUGGUAUAUUUUCUCAGUUUGAUAAUGUCAAAUGUUUAGCAUUAUUAUUUAUCAAUAAUAUAUCUGAUGUGUAUCUAUUUUUCGAAAGUUCCUAUUCGCAAUAUCUUCCAAAUUUACAGAACUUAAAGAUUCGAUUGCGUGAAUGUUUAGAUGGUUGGGUUGAACGGAAUUGCGCCGCCCUAAAGCAAUUUUCUUCGUUUGUUCGCGAACACAUAUUAUUUAACACAAAAAAGACUUCAUUAGAAAGAUUCGAUAUAAAACUCAAUUCAUAUCUCGGUUUACUUCUGAAAUCACCUGAAAUAUUAACAAAAAACGACCAUAUUCAUCGUUUAAGAAUUCAUCUUGGCCGUGUUAGUGAUGUUCUAUUUAUAUUUGAUCAUUUUCCAUCAUUAGACUAUUUGAAUAUUUCCCUGAUCGAAACAGUUGUAAAUGUUGACUUUGAUGCAGAUAUAGUCGAUGAGACAUAUGACUUCGAGAGUCUACCAUUGAAAUUACCACAAUUAAAAGAUUUUACUUUAAAAUGUUAUUGGGGUAUAAUUGAUUAUAAAAUACUUGAGAAGAUUAUUAAAAACUUAAUAUAUUUAAACAAGUUAAACUUUAUUUGUAAUCGAUCCAAUUUAUCGUCAUACAUUAAUGGUGACAGAAUUGAUCAAAUGUUAUCGAACCUUACGAACUUGAAAGAAUUAAAUUUUUGCAUUAAGUUUGCGUUGGAAGUGCCAGCUGACCGAGUUAGAAUAGAAGAAUCCUUCAUUGACACUAGAAUGAAAUGGAAAAUCUGUUUUAACUUGGAUGAACUAGGUAAUGUCUAUUCGAUUUAUACAUUACCAUGGUUUGACAGUCUUAUGAAAGGGUUCAAUUUAUUAAAUGCAUCUUAUGAUGGUCAAGACAAUUACUGGAGUGUCAGAGACUUGGAGGUUUAUUGGGCGUGUCCACAUGUAACAUCAUUCAGCGAUAUUUCUCAGAUUCUACUUUUAUAA